AUGACUAUUCCACUUGACGAAUUCCCUCAACCAUCAUCUUCAGAUUCCCUCAUCUUCAAACAAUUACAACUCAUCUAUCUCGUUGCUUAUGGGUUUGCUGCAGCUGGAAACAAUCUACAAGGAUCCUACCGAUAUGCUCUUCUCGCGUCGUACAACAUUCCACGAUCAACUAUCGAGUCACUCUAUCUCUGUGCACACCUUUCCACCCUGUGUCUUGGCACAAUCACAUCUUCACUUUCUGACAAGUUUGGACGUCGACUAGCAUGUAUUCUCUCUUCAGUCUUCUACACCAUCCAUUGUCUCUCACUCAACUUCAAUAUCCUUUCUGUUCUUGUGUUGGGAAGUAUAUUUCGUGGUAUGGCUCAUUCGCUCUACAACACUAACUUCGAAUCUUGGCUGUUGCAAGAACACCAUGAUAACGAUCUCGAUACUGAUUCGCUAAAACAUCUGCUGCGAAAUGCAUUCGUAUGUGCCACUUCGUCAGCAGUAGCAGCAGGUAUUGUUGCUCAGGUUUCAGCCGAGCUACUCGGCUACAGGGCACCAUUCGAAGUGGCCAUCGGCAUCUAUCUUGUGAUGAUAGUGUUUGUAUUGUGGAAGUGGAGGGAGAACUAUGGUGAUCGCGAAGCAAAAGCCACAGAAUCAUUUGUAUUGGCUAUCAAAGUCAUUCGUACAGAUCUACGAGUAUUGCUAGUUGGAUUAUCAACUUGUCUGUUUGAAGCGACCGUUUAUAUUUAUGCAAUGGAAUGGACUCCUGCGCUGCAAGAAGCGAAGGAAUGGAUUAUUUCUGAAAGAUUGCCAUUAGGUUUUAUGUUUUCUGGUUUUAUGACAUUUAAUAUGAUGGGUGCGUUUUUGUUCAAAGUAUUGGCGAAGCGAUUUGAUGUUCACUCAUAUUUGCCAGUUGUUAUGGUAAUAGCAGCAGCCGCGCUGGGCGUAUUAGUGGUUGUUCCAGAUGCACAAAUACUGGUUUUUGCUGGUUUGUGUAUGUAUGAAUUGUGUGUUGGUAUUUAUAUGCCAUCAAUAAGUCUGUUGCGAAAUCGAUAUCUUCCCGAUUCAGUUCGAUCGACUCUUAUGAACUAUUUCCGCAUUCCUCGAUUUCUUCUUAUGUUUGCAGUCAUUGUGUGGCACUUGCCACUGUCUGUGAUAUUUACAUCAUGUGUGGUGAUGUUAGUUUUAGCAGGCAUCUGUCUGGUUGUUCUGCAGAAUAUGAGACCACGUGAAGAAGAUCAGCGUGAAAGCGAAAGAGUGGUGUUGUUGCCUGCAUCACCGCAGAUGACAGCGAUUGAAAUGACUGAAACCGGUGAAUGA